AUGCCUGCCGAAGUCAGGCUGCGGGUACUGAAACUGGCUUUGCCAGCUGACAUCAUCUCCACAGUCGAGUUCAACCACACCGGAGAGUUACUGGCAACAGGGGACAAGGGGGGCCGGGUUGUAAUAUUCCAGCGUGAGCAGGAGAGCAAGAACCAGCCCCACCGCAGGGGAGAGUACAAUGUCUACAGCACCUUCCAGAGCCACGAGCCGGAGUUCGAUUACCUGAAGAGCCUGGAGAUCGAGGAGAAGAUCAAUAAGAUCCGAUGGCUGCCGCAGCAGAACGCAGCCUAUUUCCUGCUCUCCACCAACGAUAAGACUGUGAAGCUAUGGAAGGUCAGCGAGCGGGACAAGAGACCGGAGGGAUACAACCUCAAGGACGAGGAUGGACGUCUCCGAGACCCCUCCAUGAUCACCAUGCUCCGGGUGCCUGUGCUCCGACCCAUGGACCUGAUGGUGGAAGCCACUCCCCGGAGGGUGUUUGCCAACGCGCACACCUACCACAUCAACUCCAUCUCCGUCAACAGCGACUAUGAGACCUACAUGUCAGCGGACGACCUGAGGAUAAACCUGUGGAAUUUUGAAAUCACAAAUCAAAGUUUUAGUAUCCUUUGA